GCCAUGAUUCAGCCUCUGCACCUGCACAGGUGUCUGCUCUCAUUUAGGUCGCAGAGAGGAAGUGUGUUUCCUCAGGACCUGGAUUCACACACCGUCCUGAUUUGUUUUUCUGUGUUAAUUGUUAAUCAGUCACUUUUCUUUUUGAUUAAUGUUCAUUUGCUGGUUCCAGCGUCGCAGCUGCGAGAAUCUGCUGAUUGUCUCUUUAUUUAUAUGAUGAUCACCUGAUUAUUUUUGGGUUUUGAACAUAACAAAUGUUUGGCUGUGCUUUUGUAAUUUCUGGAAUUUAAAAGACAGAAUGAUCAAAAAGAUUUUCUUUUGCAGCCUAAAGUUUAUUUGCAGCAAUAAAACGAAAAAAACACAUUUUUACUGAGACGCAGAAGAAGAGAUCAAAAUGAAGUAAAACUGUUUUUUAACUUUAUGCUUUUGUUCAGAAAAGAAAUUUAUCAGAAAGAGACAGAGGAAGCGAAUGCAGAGAAACAUUAGGACAUGUUCAUGUCUGUACGUCAUGUUCCACACUUACGUUUCCUCACUUUGAAGAAGGAAACGAAUAUUUAAGUAUGGUAAUUAGCAGAUUAAUCAGUUAUGAAAAUACACAGAGCACAGUCAUGUUCUGUUUGUGAAAAGUGCUGUUGACCUCAGUGAAUCCUCAUCACAGCAGGACGUGAUCAGUCAGUGAAGGAAACGCUGUGAAAAACCAAAAUGUCCAGACGACAGAAUUUCAGAAAAAGGGCGCUGCUGUGCACGCUGGUGCUGGUGCCCGUGGUUCUUUUUAUCACAGUCAUUCAGCAGAAAUACAUUAACCCAUUCACAGCUUCAUCUGAAGGCUCCGACAUGUCCAGUCAGACGUCCAAGACGUCCUCUAAACCAUCAGCUGGAUCAUGUGGCCUGCAGAGAGACUGUCCAGAGGAUCACUUCAGCUUCGUCAUCCUGAGCGGAGCCGCCAACGUCAUGGCUCCAAAGAUCUGUGUCAAAAAGAAACUGGUUCUGGGAACAGUAUUAAACAACGCUGGAUUUGGAAUAAACAUCGUUAUACUAAGCGGUAAAACAGGGGACGUCAUAAAGAGCGGUCACUUUGACAUGUACGGUGGGGACGUGAAACCUCUCAUUGAAUUCCUGAAGAGCAUCGAGAAAGGAUCUGUUGUGCUGAUGGCGUCUUAUGAUGAUCCUUCAACAAAGUUAAAUGAGGAGGCGAGGAAGCUGAUUGCUGAACUGGGAAGCUCUGUGGUCCAGUCACUGGGCUUCAGAGACAACUGGGUGUUUGUUGGUGGGAAAGGAGCAACAGUGAAGAGCAACUUUGAGAAGUAUCUUAAGAAUGACCGCGAAAAAAAUAAAUACGACAACUGGCCUGAGCUCAUCGAACUGCAAGGCUGCAUCCCCAAAUACCUGGAGUGACCUGCUGCGUCCUGAAACCUGUAAAACAAAACAUAAAGCAGGAGAAACACAGUGGGGCUGGAGGACUGAGGUGGGAACAG